CCAACCGGUGCAAUAAAGUGCCAUCAGAAAUGAGUUGGUCUCUGGUGCCAUUCAAGGCUUUUUGAAUUUUCUGGGUUCAUUCAUUUCUGUCUACGAUAAUUCAUGUUUCCUUGCGUUUACUAUCUUGGCAACAGUUUAUAAAUAUAAAUAGUCCGAAUAUAAACAGAACACAACUGGAUUAAUUAAUAAACGUCCUGGAACGUUUUCACGUGCAAUGAUUCUUCACAAUUAGUAGGUUCGUUGAUUAAAGUUUUCCUUAACAACCUGCAAAAUGAGGAUUUGGAUAGAAUUAGGUAGACGCCUGAAUUCAUGCAUCGGUAGGUUAGUUCUUCUGAAUAUAAAGAACGAUUCGAGUUGUAUUAUUAAAGGGAUGAGUCGAAUUGAACAUUGUAGAGAGCAAUUAGUCUAUAACAAUGCACGAGGUAUUACUGUGGCUGCAAGUUUGUUUGCCAAGGGAAAAGACCGUGUAAAGGAAAAGAAGAAGCCUUCGAAGCCUCCGAAAGUUAAUGAAAAUGAGAUAGCUGAGCUUUUAGAUGCUGAGCGCAUUCGAACCGAUAUGCAAAAAGCCAUUGAGGACAUGAAAGCUAAUUUUAUAAAAAAUAUAAGCGUGCGUUCAUCAGCUGGUUCCCUCGAACAGAUUCCUGUUACAUUUGAAGACAAGGAAUAUACAAUACAAGAGCUCGCGAAAGUUAUUCGAAAACCUAAACUAAUAGCUUUAAAUGUCUCUACGUUUCCCCAAGCAAUUCCACAAAUAAUCGAUGCAUUACUUAAAAGUGGAAUGAAUUUGAAUCCACAGCAGGAUGGUACGAACCUUUACAUAGCUAUUCCAAAAGUGACGAAAGAACAUAGAGAGAAUUUAUCAAAAGGUGCGAAAAGUAUUUUCAUUAAGUGUCGAGAUAUUAUCAAAGAGGUAGAAAAUACACACCUGAAGAAAUUGAAGAAGAUCACAGGUGUGUCCGAAGAUCAGGUGCAUAGAGUAAAGGAACAACUCCAUGCGCUCAGUGGCCAGUACAUUAAGGAAGCUGAAAGUAUUCUCGAAUUAAAGCAAAAGGAGCUGCUAGGUUCUUCCGAGUAAUGGGUUAAUGGAUAUUUUGUAAUUAUUAU